CGUAUUUGAACAUGUUGAAGAUUUGUGGGCUGCAAACUGUCUGAUGUCCAACCUAAAUGGGCAGUCCGUAUUUAUACCCCAAAAUAGUCUUCAUCCAGUUCUAUAAUCACUGCGCAUGGCUCGUUUUGUUAUGUUUCCCGCUGUUUAAUGUAUAACGCGUCGUGGGGUCCACAAAUUUGAAAAGCGAGUUCAAUUUCUCAGUCCUCUUUUGGUAUAAAUACCACAGCCAAAACAAUGAAAUGGCAUCAAAAGAGUUUAAGCUUUCAAGCUGCAAAUAUUAACCCUAAGAACUAAACUAAAACUUAGCAACAUGUUCAAAUUCACCGUUGUCAUCUUUGCCAUCAUCGCCUGCGCCGCAGCCAAGCCUGGACUUCUUGGCGAGCAGUUCGCUUAUACUGCUCCAAUUGUGGCUGCUGCUCCAGGUGCAGUUGUCGCAGCUCCUGCCCCAUAUGUGACUGCUACCAGCAGUCAGGUGUUUGCUCGUAACUAUAAUGGGAUCGCCACUGCUCCAUUGGUUGCUGCUGCUCCCGUCGCUGCUCCAGUGGUGGCCAAGUAUGUCAGUGCGCCUUUGGCUGCACCAGUUGCUGCUCCAUUCAUCGCCAGAUACGCGGCUGCUCCCUUUGCCGCUCCUCUCGCGUAUAGCGCUCCACUGAACUAUGCUGCUGCGCCAGCACCUCUAUUGUUUUAAUCCAAGCAACUGUGAUCAUUAAAAACUUUAACUAAA